AUGGCAUUGGGUAAAAUUGUUCAUAUUGCAGUAGAUGCAGUAUUGGUUUCCGCCGUUUUGGCUGGUAUCAGACGUUCGACUGAGUUAUCAAUUGCUACCACUAAUUUUGAAAAUCAAGAAUUUCGAAAAGCUGUUGAUAAAUUUCUUAAUGUUGGUGAAUGGGUGGUUGAUCAAAGUAUAUUGUAUAUGAGUGCUUCACAAUAUUUUGAACGAAAACGAUGA